AUGCUGCACUCCCCAAGCGGGUCCAGCGCGGGCCUCCCCACCCCACAAGGGUUCUGGGGCAGGUUCAAGACCCCCAAAACAAACAAGGAUUCCGACAUGAGACAGGCGACUAUGGCCCUCACCCGCCAAAGGUUGCUCACGCUCGCUUUUGAGGACAUGGAGACUAUUCGUAUGCUUCCGAACUCAUACAUGGAGCUCGACGCUCUCGCGCGGGACUGGAUCAAGCCUCCCCCUGACAUCAUAUUCGCUUUGCGAGUACCGAUUGAGUAUGCUUCACUCAACGCCGCGCGUUUAGUGGCAGGUCCCUACAUCUAUCUCACUAGCGAAGAUUCGUACCAGAUUGCAACCAUGGGAGUGCAAGGUCUGCGGGUGGAAAUCGUGUGUGACGCGCCACCACCGCCGGACGACCCUCCACCACCCCCACCCCCUCCGGUACUCGAGAUGCCUGGAACUUUUAGCCUCGAGCUCGCUCCCGGGCAGACCGUGGCUCUCGACACUACCAUCAGCUCCGACGAGCUAGACAUGGCGCGCAUGGAAGAUGGUACUACCGUCGAUGGGUCUUUUUGGGGAAAGCUCGAUAUUGUACAUGAUGGUGACGACCACCGCAUGGAAUUCUCCGGCACUCGCAUCCAGAACACCGAAAAUGUCUCCACCGACCUCAUCAUCGACUCACGGGUCCUCAACAAGUUGUCCUAUGCCGCAAAGCCCGCGACGGCGAAGUGCCACCUGAGCAUCCUCGCACCGGGACAGCAGUAUGCCGACGUGAUCCUUUCUUUCUCUGCGCUCUGGAAGAUGGGAGUGACAUGGCCACCCGCGGAGCCCUUGCCGGACAACCCGAGCAAGGUCAAGUGGUUCCUUCGUGUUCAUCCCGGUGGCGCCGUGGAACACUUCGAGACAGAGAUGACGGCGACGUCACUUUACUACGAGGCUAUUCCAGAGCCAGGGAUGCUAGAUCCCCAAGAAUUCAUCGCUCCUAGAAAUGGCUUCGCUAUGUCUUUCCGAGACUUCGUGCCUCAUCUAAUGCGAGUUUUGGACCAACUCGGAAUGUCAAUGUUCGCUCGCACGACAUUUAUCAAUAACAACAUGGCCUCAUUCUCUUCGCAUCGCAACAUUGCUUACCGCUUCAUGUCUCCUAGCAAGAUUGCGGCUGCCAUUGACAUCUCCGUCACGGUGGAGAACUGUGUAUUCACACGACUGUUCCUCAUGUGGCGGGGCGUUACGGAGGAAGAGCUCAGUCUAUUCUCCGGGGCGGGGGAGAAGGAGGCGAACGCCGCCAACUGGCGCGAGGUCGUUGGCUGGUCCGAGCUCAGCAAAGACCCCAACCACUUCCGUGUCCUUGAGACAACCAUUCUCGAGGUGACAUAG